CCCAUUGCACAGGAAGCUCAGUGCCCACAGCUAUUCCUGCCCGGCAUCCAGGCUGCCCCAGCACGCACAUCCACCUCCAAGAGAAAUUUGCUUUGCUCUCCCUCCUCUCCCAUGCUCUCCUGAACAACAGCUGAGUUAGGUUUCCUCCUACACCUUCAGGAGGUAGAGCUGUUUCACACACGCACAUGCAUUUUCAGCUCAUAAAUAUCUUAUAUUUUUAUUCAGCACGUAAAUCCAAGCCUACCUUAAUAGGAAAAGCUCCUGUAAGGUCUGGUCUCCUCAAAGCUGGUGCUGAUCCUCUUUGGAUUUGAGCAGCUCCUGUGCAGGUUCAGCUGUCCUCCAUUAAACUGUAUUUCAAGUGCACAAAAAACCUUUUCCUGCAGAGAGAGACAGAACAAGUGGCACAUGGCCUAUUUUGGGAAUGAAAGCAGUGGUCUUGCUCUUGGCCACAUGGAGUGGACCUUCCUUGCUCAUUCAGACCUUUCUUGUGUCCUGCUCUUCCCUCAAUUCACAACAGAAGAGGUUGCUUAAAAAAAUAACAGAGACAAAAUAAAUUACAGAAUAAUUCCAGCACAUGGAGUUGGUGGAAUAACUGUACCAAAAAGCUGCCCUUUUAACUUUUUCCUUUCCAGCCAUGACUGACUCUCUCUGGGAUUUUGCUGGCCCCUGUGCUAGGAUGUAGCUGUCCCAUCUUCCCAAAGGAAAGCACAACCCAAGGUUCAUGAGCAGCACCACUGUAUUUAGAUGGAGAAUUGUCCAGCUACAGGCUUCACCACACAAUGAUGGCAGGAGCAAAAAUUUCCCCUGACAUAUUCCAAUUUCUUGUCAUUUUCAUUAUCAAUUUCAUGUCCCUUUUAUCAAAGCAGGUUGGGAUCUGUCAGAAGAACGGAUGACUGUGGGGCAAUUCCCAGAACCUGCCACAGCAGGAAUGUGUCCAGUCAGACCAGACAGCACAAACCAUCUUGGGUUUUCCAGCCCCCAGGGCUAGACAGGGGGGCCUCUGGGCUGCUGUGAGAGUUUCCAGUCACUGGUGGUUGCAAAACUGUGGGGGAAAAAAAAAAAAACACACACAAAAAAAAAAAAAAAAAAAAAAAAAAAAAAAAAAAAAAAAAACAAAAAAAAAACCAAUAUAAAGGCAAGCUCUGACCCCAGUGAAAGCUCCAGGUAAUAAUUUAGAGUAAGGUUCUUUACCCAGGUGUCCCCGUGGGGCAUCAAAUGACCUCAGGAUGUGUGAUGGCCUCUCCUCUGACUUUCUUCCCCACCCAAGCUGUUUAUAUAUUAUUUUCUUUGAGGGAGAGGCAAGGGUGAAGUUACAGUUGAUGUCAUUUCAUGGUUAUGAGGAGUUUGAGUGACUUCGGUCAUUAGUAUGGGCUAUUAGCACAAGUAACCAGAAUUUCUGAGUUAACCAAGUCAGGGUCAGCUUUGUCUGGAUCAUUCCUUUGGCUCUGUUCUCGUUAGCAGUGUUGUUUUUGACAGAACACGACCACAGCACCAGGAGUGUUGCUCCAUCCUUCGCUCUGUGUUCCCCCGGGGGCAGCACUCAGCUCCCUCAGCACUCCUGCAGUCAGUCCCUGCUGAACUCCGGCCAACACAUUGCUGAACUCGGUUGACAGUUUUUCCCCCGACCUGUGAUGCUGAGGCCGAGGCAAGCCCUCGGGACGACACUGUGUUGCAUUAAACCAGCAACUUCCACCUUUUAUUUCCCCCUCGGCCACGGGUUGCGCAACGCCUGAGAGUGGCGCGAAGGGGAAAACUUGACGUAUUUCACCGGGGAGGAUCAUCUCGGGCACCACCUCCUCCUCCUCCGCUCCCAGCUCCACAAAAGGCACCCGAGGCAGCAGAAGGUGAGGGAGGAGCGCUCAGGAGAGCAGGUACAGGGGGUCAGAGAGAUGGGGAGGGUAGCUGGAAGUGAGGAGGGAGCUCACUGCUAAAUUGACCAUGCUUUUCACACCCCGGGGGUUCCUGGCUCGUUCACCCCCGUGCCCGGUGUUCCUGCUGGGGGUCCUGCUGGCAGUGGGGGACAGAGCUGGGAAGUCGCUGAUGCCCCUUCCCCUCAGUUUAAUCUGGUGGCCCAAGCCCGGUGGGCAGCAAAGGGGGCUGUGGUGACACAGGUUACUCACAAGGAGCUCUGCACCUGCCUUUGCAGGGAACAAAUACACGGCUUGGAGCAGCAGCAGCGUCAGGGACUCCUGACAGAGAGCCGGGGCAGGAUUGGAGCCGGGCAGUGACGCUCCCGGCACUGGGAAUGCUGUGGGUCACCGGGGCAGUGACCUCUCCUGGCUGCCUCCCAUAUCCUGCUUCCAAGACAACUUAAAUCCGACAGGAUGAGGAUCCUUCCUGGCUGCCUUCAUUUCUACUUCAUUCCUUUCUUACUCAGUGGAGCACAUGGAUUCCUAAUGUGGAAAACACCUCCAGCCUUCUUGGUUUUUAACUACUCCUAUUCAAAUCUCUCCUCUGUCUCAGAAGCACAAGCUCCAAAAACAGCAAGAGCUCUGAAUUUCUCACACAAUGUCAUUGAAAAAAUAACCAAGACAGACUUGGAAGGAUUUGACUGGCUGGAAGUUCUGGACUUUUCCUACAAUCAGAUCAGGGCUGUUGACCCUGGAGCAUUCCGGAGUCUGCUCAGCCUGGUUUCUGUGGAUUUAUCAUUUAAUGACGAGAAGCUGCUUCUGUCAGAUCUCCCACCACACCUGAAGCUCUCACCCGCUGGCAAAGUUCCGAGGUCUUUGCAGCUUUCCAGGAAUUCUGGCAAAUCCUCAGGGGCUGCUCUGGAGCCUUCUGCUCCUGCUGAGGAACUGUCACGUUCUGGAGUUCUGUCCCUCCUGCAAAUCCUUAGCCCCAGGCUCAGGAGAAGCACAGGGAAUCUUUUUCGGAGGGGAGAAGGGAACACAACGACCCUUCCCACAGCCACAACUGAGCCCACCCUCUGUGGAAGUCCCAUCAAUGGGACACUGGACCUGUCCCACAGCAAUCUCUCCCAGGAUGAGCUGAUGUUAAAACUGGAUGAGGAUCUCUGCCAAGCCCAACUGCGUAGGAUUUUGGAGCUUGACAUCAGUCACAACAACGUGGAAAUGGAUCUUCUGUCACUAUUUUCCCUGUUCUUCCCAAUGAAAAAUACACUGUCCAUUGACGCCAGCUCCAACAAGUUAACCAUUAACAUCCUGGAUGCUGAGUCCUUCUGUAAGUUCCCAUCCCACCAGCUUUUGUUCCUAAACAUCAGCAACAACCCCAUCAACAGCCUGGAUACACUGUGCCUCCCUUCCAGCAUCAAAGAAAUUGAUUUGUCCUUCACCAACAUCAGCCAAAUACCCCUGAAUUUUGCUAGAAAAUUGUUUAACUUGGAAAAAAUGUAUGUUCAAGGAAACCACUUCAUCUACACAGCAUUCUCAGAAAGCAGGAAUACACUUCCAAUGUGUGUCCCUCCCCCUGGAAGUGUACACAUCAACGCCAUCUCCUUUGUCAGGAACGAGGCUGGGACACCCAUUGAAAGCCUUCCCGAGAAGGUGAAACACCUGGGAAUGUCCAACUGCUCCAUUGUGGAACUGCCAGAAUGGUUUGCUGACACAGUGGAAGAACUGUUAUUUCUGGACCUCAGCAGCAACCAUAUUUCUGUACUUCCCAAUUUCCCCCCCUCUCUGCAGCAUCUUGACAUCAGCAACAACGACAUCAAAGUCAUCUCCCCCAGUCUGAAAUCCCUCUCCAACUUAACAAUAUUUAGGAUUCAAAGUAACAAAAUUAUGGAUAUACACAUGGAGUAUUUUCCAUCAGCCUUAAAAAAAUGUGAUUUUAGUAAAAACAAGGUGAAGGUGUUGUCCUUAACUUCUGCCCUGGAGAAGCUGGAACAUCUCAACGUUUCAUGGAACCUGAUCAUGCGUCUGGAGCCUGCCAGCCGCCUUCCUGCACUGACCAGCCUAGACAGCAGCCACAACCUGAUCCCAGAGCUGCCCGACGGCUUUGGGGAAUCCUUCCCAGGGCUGAAGUAUUUUAAUCUGUCAGGGAAUAAGAUCUCCUUUUUGCAGCGUGGCUCUCUCCCAACUUCUCUGGUUGAGCUAGACAUCAGUGACAACGCCAUCACAACCAUUGUGGAAGCCACAUUCGGCCCACUGACGUUCCUCAGGGUUCUGAGGGUCCAAGGGGAGCAUUUUUUCUGUACCUGUGACCUGUACUGGUUUGUGAACAUCUACAUGCAUGAGCCUUUGCUGGAGAUUAGGGGCAGGGGGGCCGUGAGGUGCAGCUUCCCCCCGGAGCGCAGGGGCUCCCUGGUGGGCAGCAGCCGCCUGACGCUGCUGCAGUGCUCCCUGGGCGUCCAGCUGGCCGUGACCGCUGGCGCUGCCUGCCUGGCCAUGCUGGCCCUCACCGCGCUCUGCUGGCGACUGGACGGGCCCUGGUACAUCAAGAUGGGCUGGUACUGGUGCAUGGCCAAGAGGAAGCAGUAUGAAAAGAGGCCAGAAAACAAACUCUUCGAUGCCUUCAUCUCAUACAGCGAGCAUGACGCCAACUGGACCAAAGAGAACCUGCUGGAAAAGCUGGAAAACUACGGGUUCAGAAUAUGUUACCAUGAGAGGGAUUUCAAACCAGGGCAUCCUGUGCUUGGGAACAUCUUUUACUGCAUAGAGAACAGCCAUAAAGUGCUUUUUGUUCUCUCUCCCAGCUUUGUGAAUAGCUGCUGGUGCCAGUAUGAGCUGUAUUUUGCUGAACACCGGGUCCUGAAUGAAAACCUGGAUUCCCUCAUCAUGAUCGUGCUGGAAGACCUCCCACCCCACAGUGUCCCACAGAAAUUCAGCAAACUCAGGAAACUUCUGAGAAGGAAAACCUACCUGAAGUGGAGCCCUGAGGAACAAAAGCAGAAAAUGUUCUGGCAUCAGCUAAAAGCUGUCCUAAAAACAACCAACGAGCCACUCGUGAGAGCAAAGGACGUAUCCGAUGUGGAAAUGCAGGAGCUGGAAUGAGACCCAGGGAACUCUGAGGGCUGGGCCUGGAAAGCCUGUGGUCAGAUAAAAGCAUUUACCUCCUGCAAAGGCUGCUGUGAUGCCCAGGAGUUUGUCUAGAUCAGUCCCAGGAGAGGUUCCUGGGGGGACUGUAGCACACCCAUUAUUCCCUCUGAUAAAGAAUCCUGAAGGGAUGAGACCCGAGCACUGAUAAAAAGCCUUUUCCAUUUGGAUGCUUGAAUUUGUCCAGAUAUUCCCAGCAUUUCUGUAAGUGCUGUGGAUGUCAACUGAAGGGAAGAACUACUUAAGUCACAGUGCAUGUCCUUGCUGCCUUCCUGAGGUGGUGGCAGUGAGAAGCGGUGUCUUAUGACUGGACUACAGAUUCCCGGUUCUAGGACAGCUUAAGUUGGGAACAUACCCUGUGUGCAGGUAAGAGAGCCACAAACCAUGCUGGUACACAGGGAGCAGCUCCCUUCUGUGCUUUGGCAAGGAAAGAUUAAAGAUUGACUUAAUUUAGCCCUCUGAGAGAGGCUAAACCGACACUGCUACAGAC